AUGCCUUCCGCUCCGUGGGUGGAUGAUGAGGACGUCGCCCCAAAAUUUGUUGCUGAGGAGGCCGAACUGAGCCGCCCUGGUCGACGCACUGUAAAGGAGGGCCACUUGCGAGAACCUGUACCGGAAGAAGACUUCUGCGGCUCGGCCUGUUCACGAGAAAGUUGGCUUCGUAGAGUUGGCAGCUCUGAUGCCGAGGCUGGAGACAUGGCAUGA